AGACAAUAGACCAAAAAAGGAGUAGUCAAUUUUUCUGAGCUUUCAGUUGUUUAAUGCUGAAGGGAGCCUUGCUUGACAUGUACAAGACCUCUCUCUCCCUCUCUCUCUCUAAUUCACAAAGAUCCCCUCUGAAUUUUUGAUCUGUGGAGGACAAAAUUCAUUGGAAUUUUGCUCCCCAGUUCCUGCAAAUCAUUGGGCAUACAAAGGUGUGGUAACAGAAUUCAGGAUUUUGACUCCUCGUAUUCAUCUGCAAUUCUGCUGUAGGACGCAUGGAUCAAAAUGCUUCAGCAGUAGGUUUGAGAAACGACCUUGAGCUAGUGAAAUCACCAUCCGAAAAGCAUCUUGAACGUUUGAGACCAUCAGCUCGAUAUUAUUCAAUAUUUAAAGGGCAAGCAAAAGAUGCUGCAGAUCCUGAAAAAGGCAAAUAUUCCCUAAUUAGAGAUGCAGAGGACUUUCCGUCAGGAAUAUACGAGAAACAGCUUCCAUGCUUUGGCUGUGGGAUAGGAUGGUUUUCGUUUCUUUUAGGCUUCGUAUUCCCAUUAAUGUGGUACUAUGCCACAGUUCUCUAUUUUGGAAAUUACUAUCGGAAGGAUCCUAGGGAGCGAGCAGGACUAGCCGCCUCUGCAAUUGCUGCACUAGUUUGUGCUGUCGUGCUGUUGAUCAUAGCAUUGUUUCGGAUGUUCUAGAUUUGCUCAAUCGGAAGCGUGCUAGCAACAUCUUCACAAGCAUGAAGAAAUCAGUGGGAUUGGAAGGGCCCCGUAAGGACACAAAUACUAACGUUUUUUUGUUUUUGUUUUUUUCCGGUGGAAAGGGAGGUAAAUGAAAAAAAGGAAAGGAAUAAAUGAAAAGAAGCUGAACUUCCCAUACAAUUCUUUAGACAUCAAGAGUACAAGAUUUGGAUGAUUAUGAGCUACCGUAUUUGUAUAUUCAUAUUUGUAUGAACAAAUGGCGGCGAGACGAGUAUUUGUGUUUGUAAACUUUGUAAUUAAACAGAAGUUUAUGGAGGUGAAAUACAGAGAUGUGUCAUCUUUAAACUUUGAACGCA